AUGACAUCUCGGCGGGGCGGGAGCGAGGGGUAUAAAAGUCCUCCCAGCCCUCCGAGCAGCGGUUCGGAGGACAAUGGCUUUACGAACCGACCCCGCGUGGCUGGGCUCUACGUGAAGAACUUGAGCAGAGAGGAAUUGGAUGAGUUGGCCAAGGAGGGAAUUUAUGGACCUACUGGGAAUCCGAACGACCGACCCAGAGACGGCGGUAGUCAGAGGAGUCUCAAUAUUCUAGGAAGCAGCCGAGACUUGGACAGUCAGGAUCAUUUCAGAGGAGCGACUUCCAGAACACCUCAGCCACCCAGAAGAUCUGGCAUCGCAGUUAAACAUCGAGAACCUGAUGGUAAAUUAUCAGAGACUUUAGCGCGGAAGGAUCAUCAUGGCUCGCUCCCGACGGAAAGGGAUUGGUCGAGACGCCCGGAGGAUCACCCUGGGCAGACUUUGUCGGAAAGAUCCGCUCGAGGAUCUUCCGAGUUUCCUAUCGGCUGGAGAGAGUCGUUACGACCCAGCGUCAGUGCAUCGCCUAGAGAAAGUUCCAUUGAUGUGCAGAUUACCGAUGAAGAUCUCAGGAUGGCUGCUGGACAGCGCCAUUUCAGGGAAACCCCGAAGCGUCCUGAAGUACCCUCGCGUCAUAUCAUCUCGUCGACGGAACCUAGUGAGGACCAGGGCCAAUCACCACCGCCAUAUGCGGGUUUAAGUCCUCCUACGUAUACCGAAUACGAGGAACCGAGCUCGCGAGCAUUGAAGAUUUGUCCAAAAACUGCAACGAGAAUCUAUCAAGCUGACGACAAGGAACAUACAAGUUCGCCAUAUGAACGUUCGAGCUCGCCAUCGUUAAAGGAAGACAAGGAAUCUCUCUUUUCGCAAACGAAUGCCAAGUCAGAUUCGCGCGCCGAUACCGACAAAGCGGAUGAAAUUACGAGUCCGUCAGGAACGGAGAAGUUAACUUCACCAGAAUCCAAAAAGAGUGAAUCUCCGCCGAUGAAGAGAAUUGGUUCCAGGACGCAGGACAGCAUGAGAUUGCGGCCACCAUUGGCCGGAACCGCUGGCACUUCUGCUGAUUCCGGCACCGGCGAUUCCGGAAGCGCAGAGAUCCAAGCGGACGUCGUGACACCGCAGACAGCGUCGAAUGACAUUCUCGAUACCAAGGAAUCUAAGAUCGAAAGCAGGUCAUUCGGCGCGAGAACUCCCAGCAGCAAGGGCGGCAAACAAACAGUCAAGCCAUUCACGAAAGAGAGCAGAUUGGAGAACAAGACUGUACAAUUAGUGCGCGAAUAUGGUUUUCAACCGAAGAAAAAGAUGUCGGUAGAGGAUGGCGCGGUACUGCCAAACAAGUUCGAACCAUUUCCGAACAAUCUCUACGGCAGGCCGUUGGAAGAGAUCGACAAUUUUAUCUACGAUGAGACGUUCUGCGUGGUAUCCAAGAGGUUCCGCAAAAAUUACAUUCAUAGGUUUACGGCGACCAACAGUUGGUUUAUAUUCUCUCCAUGGAAUCCUAUACGGCGGUGCUGUAUCUUCCUAAGUACAAAUCAGUACUUCGAUUAUGUGGUCAUGGCUACUAUCCUUCUUAACUGCGUCUUCCUAGCCAUGACCGAGACCUUUGACGAUGCCGAAUUAAUCUUCCUAGCCAUAUAUACGGCGGAAAUGGUGAUAAAAUCAAUCGCGAAGGGAUUUAUACUGAAUAAGUACACUUAUUUGAGGAAUCCCUGGAAUUGGUUAGACUUCGUUGUGAUUACCAGCGGAUAUGCCACUAUUGGGAUGGCAGUCGGAAAUCUGGCCGGUCUCAGGACGUUCAGGGUGUUGAGAGCACUUAAGACUGUAUCCAUUAUGCCAGGUCUAAAAACUAUCAUCAACGCGCUGUUACACAGUUUCAAACAACUUGCCGAAGUAAUGACGCUGACGAUUUUCUGUCUGAUGGUUUUUGCAUUGUUUGCCUUGCAAGUUUAUAUGGGUGAACUUAGAAAUAAGUGUGUGAAGCAACAAGAGCCAAAUACGACGCAAAUCGACUGGAGGGAGUGGACUUGGAACUCAUCCAACUGGGCGUUCAACGAGGACGAGGAGCCGAUCAUCUGCGGCAACGUAACCGGCGCCAGACACUGCAACGAAAGCUAUACUUGUCUCUGCGUUGGUCCUAAUCCAAACCACGGUUACACCAACUUCGAUAAUUUCCUGUGGUCGAUGCUCACGACCUUUCAACUGAUUACCUUGGAUUACUGGGAGGAUGUCUACAACAAGGUAUUAUCGGCAUGCGGACCUAUUAGUGUCACAUUCUUUACGGUCGUCGUUUUCUUUGGAUCAUUUUAUUUAUUAAACUUGAUGCUGGCUGUCGUGGCGUUGAGUUACGAGGAAGAAGCUGAGAUUACAAAUGAGGAACGAAGAAAAGACUUGACGGAUCAUCGCGAAGACUCAACGUUUAGUUUCGAUCCAUCAAAAAUCAAUAUUAAGACACUGACAAAAAAUAAACAAAAAAGAAUUGAUGCCCGUAAAGGAGUUUUGCUCAGCAGUUACACAAGGAAAAAGACGCGUAGAAGAAAGCGCGGGAGGAGCAGCAUUGGCCAGGAAAAAAACGGUGGUGCACGCAGCAGGUCUAUGACGCCCAGUCCAAGUCCAAGUCCCAGGCACUCUAGUGUACGACCUUCUCACUUGCCGCUUCAGAACAUUAGCCCCAGACCGUUGGAACCCAAUACGGUUCAUCGGUUAGCGCCAAAUCGGGGUAUGUUACAUUCCAGACAAGCCAGCAACAAUAGCAAUCAGCAGUCAUCUUUGGAUGACUCCGGGGUAGUAGAUGAUCAUGACGGCGACGAUGUCACGUCCGCUGAGGAGCAUGACAAGCGCGAGUUGCGGGAGCAUCGUGUAGAGAAGUCACAGGAGAAAUCCCCAAAGGAACACGGCAGAAUUCAACCGAUCCAACAAAUGCGCCCGGAUUGCCCACCGGCGCCGGUCACCGUGUCAGUGAGGACCGGCAAUCGAGAGAUUCGAGUGCUCAAAUGCAACGGGCUCAAAACCAAGAAACAUAUGUACGCGCUACCGCCAGAGUACCUGUCGCACAUUGUAGUUUUAGACGAUCUUCCAGAUAGAAAUUGCGAUAAGUGUAUUCAAUGCUGCGUUGAUUACGAAGGAUGGCUAAGAUUUCAGAAUUGUCUAUAUAAGGUGGUGAGAGAUCCCCUGUUCGAGUUAAUGAUCACCCUUUGUAUCGUCUUGAACACCGGUUUCCUGGCGAUGGAGCAUCACGGCAUGAGCGAGUCGAUACGGCAGGCACUCAACAUCGGCAACAAGGUAUUCACCAGUAUCUUCACAUUCGAAUGCUUCCUGAAGCUCUUGGCGUUGAGCAAGGAUUUCUUCAACAAUGGCUGGAACAAUUUCGACUUGAUUAUCGUUUCUGCGUCGCUUAUCGAUUUAACAUUCGAAUUGGUAGAUGGCUUGUCGGUGAUACGCGGUCUCAGACUUUUACGUGUUUUAAAGCUCGCGCAAUCCUGGACGACCAUGAAGGUUCUUCUCAGCAUUAUCAUUUCGACAAUAGGCGCGCUCGGUAAUUUGACUUUCGUGUUGGUGAUUGUGAUUUAUAUAUUCGCUGUGAUCGGCAUGCAGCUGUUUAGCAAAGACUACACCUUCGACAAGUUCUAUCCGGAUCCGGUGCCGCGAUGGAAUUUCAACGAUUUCUUUCAUUCGUUCAUGAUGAUAUUCCGCAUUCUGUGCGGCGAGUGGAUCGAACCAUUAUGGGACUGCAUGCGUGCGGAAAGAGACGAUGGGCCGGGUACGUGUUUCGCGAUUUUCCUGCCGGCUCUAGUGAUGGGCAACUUUAUGGUUCUCAAUCUCUUUUUGGCGUUGUUGCUCAACAGCUUCAAUUCCGAAGAGUUAAAACAGAAAAAGGAGGAAGUCGGCGAGGAAUCGAAGCUCGCGCGUUCGUUCGAUCGCAUACGGUCGAUCGUGCGUAAACAGAAGCAUCGGAAGGAGAAUUCGGAGAAUGAGAAGAAUAUUCGAUUAGAGCAGAUCGUGCGCGAGGUAAUGGACAAGUCUGAUAAGGAGAAGUACGCGAUUCAAGAGACCGUGCUGAGCCUUCCCAAAGACAAUAUUUAUAAUAGAUCAUAUCAGGAGAGUCUCAAUCAGCCGGUCUUUACUUACGAUCCGAUCUAUCGUCAGGCCACUCUCACCACUUACAGUCAGAGCAAUCAGGAAACAAUCAAGGAGAAUAAAAAACUGACCGAAAAGAGCAAUAGCAACGAGACCAAUCCCGAAGAGAAUAUAGAGUUAGAGGUGCUCAAGGACGUCAACCCGGACGAGGAAGUAGCCAUGCUGCCAGAGGAAAAGCUGGCCAUUCGAAACGACGAAAAUAUAGGAAAACGUCCUUGGCAUGCUCUCGUGAGUUACGUGGACGAGCUUACGGUCGGAGGCAGAAGGGAUAGUAAAGGAAGGUACAUCGACGGAAUGGGUUCGUUUCCCGGGUUCGGCAGGAAUAAGAAGAAUAAAGAGCCGCUUGAUUGCUUUCCCCAGCACUUCUAUCAGAAGUGCAGCUGUAUCAAUCGUUGCCUCGCCACGGAUCUCGGCAAAAAAUGGAUAAGAAUCCGUACGGUCGUUCUAUCGGUCGUGGAUACGCCAGCUUUCGAAUGGAUGAUCCUAGUUUUAAUUUUCGCAUCUUCCAUAACGCUGUGCUUCGAGGACAUCUACUUAGACGACAAUCCUUUUUUGAAAAAGAUUCUCUAUUGGACCAACCUUGGCUUUUGCGCACUUUUUAGCGUCGAAAUGCUCCUAAAAUGGCUAGCUUUAGGCUUCUGUAAAUACUUCACCAGUUUCUGGACAAUCCUGGAUUUUAUAAUCGUUUUCGUAUCCAUGUUUAGCCUUUUAAUAGAAGAAAAUGAAAACCUUAAAGUGUUACGAUCACUGAGGACACUACGCGCCCUGAGGCCGCUAAGGGCGAUUUCAAGAUGGCAAGGCAUGAGGAUCGUAGUGAACGCGUUGAUGUAUGCGAUACCUAGUAUAUUCAACGUGCUCCUCGUCUGUCUCGUGUUCUGGCUUAUUUUUUCGAUAAUGGGUGUCCAGUUUUUCGGCGGCAAAUUCUUCAAGUGCGUUGACGAGUACGGAGAAAUGCUGGAUAUUUCGAUAGUGAACACCAAGGAGGAAUGUUUCAGCAAGAAUUAUUCCUGGCAGAAUAGUAAAAUUACUUUCGAUCAUGUUGGCAUCGCUUACUUAGCUUUGUUUCAAGUGGCUACUUUCGAGGGUUGGAUGGAGGUAAUGGAGGACGCUGUAGAUGCGAGAGGAGUAGAUUUGCAACCGCAAAGAGAGGCAAAUCUGUACGCCUAUCUCUACUUCGUUAUAUUCAUCGUAUGUGGUUCAUUUUUCACACUCAAUCUUUUUAUUGGAGUGAUCAUAGACAAUUUCAACAUGCUGAAGAAAAAGUAUGAAGGUGGGGUGUUAGAAAUGUUUUUGACGGAAAGUCAAAAACACUACUACACUGCCAUGAAAAAACUCGGCCGUAAAAAGCCACAAAAAGUUAUAAAACGUCCGAUGAACCAAUUCCUCGCAAUGUUCUACGACCUGUCCAAUUCUCGCAGAUUUGAAAUAGCUAUCUUCGUUUUGAUAUUUCUCAACAUGCUGACGAUGGGGAUCGAGCAUUACAAUCAGCCUCAUCCCAUCUUUUUUGUCCUCGAAGUGUCGAACGCGUUUUUCACGACCGUUUUCGGCUUGGAGGCGAUCGUCAAAAUAAUAGGUCUGCGUUAUCAUUAUUUCACGGUGCCGUGGAAUCUGUUUGACUUCUUACUUGUAUUGGCGUCCAUCCUGGGUAUUCUAAUGGAAGAUAUUAUGAUGGAUUUCCCUGUGUCCCCGACGCUCUUGCGAGUCGUGAGGGUGUUCAGAAUCGGCAGAAUCUUGAGGCUCAUUAAAGCUGCGAAAGGUAUCCGCAAGCUACUCUUCGCUCUUGUCGUCAGUCUUCCAGCACUUUUCAACAUUGGGGCCCUGUUGGCCCUAAUCACAUUUAUCUACGCCAUCAUCGGCAUGUCUGUUUUCGGGCACGUCAGGAAACAAGGCGCAUUGGACGAUAUGGUGAAUUUCGAAACGUUUGGUAGAAGUAUGCAGCUACUGUUCCGUUUAAUGACUUCGGCUGGCUGGAAUGAUGUGUUGGAGUCGUUGAUGGUGCAACCACCUGAAUGCGAUCCUACACCGAACAGUCGACAGAUGAACGGAGAUUGCGGAUAUCCCUUGCUAGCUAUCACAUACUUCACAUCGUUUAUCAUCAUUAGUUACAUGAUAGUCAUCAAUAUGUACAUCGCCAUCAUCUUAGAGAAUUUCAAUCAAGCUCAUCAAGAGGAGGAGAUUGGUAUCGUCGAAGAUGACUUAGAGAUGUUCUACAUCCGAUGGUCGAAGUACGAUCCACAUGCAACACAAUUUAUUAGCUUCUCGCAGUUGAGCGACUUUAUAGCAAGCCUGGACCCGCCGCUGGGAAUAUCAAAGCCCAACGUGGUAGCGUUGGUUAGCUUUAAUCUUCCCAUCGCAAAGGGUAACAAGAUUCAUUGUCUGGACAUCUUGCAUGCGCUCGUCAAGCACGUUCUUGGGCACGUCGAGGAAUCAGAUGACUUCAGGAAGCUGCAAGAACAGAUGGAUGUUAAGUUCAAAAAGCAGUUUCCAACUAGAAAAGAAUUGGAGAUAGUGUCUUCCACGAGAAUCUGGAAGCGACAAGACAAAGCUGCCAGGUUGAUUCAACGUUCCAUAAGAGAGUACAUUGCGAUGAAGAAGGAGCGUGAAAGAAUCGCUCAGGAGGUGGACUCGCAGACGCAGACCUCGAGCCCAGGUGGUGUGGAUGGUAGGAGCGGAAGUGGAUGGGGCGGUAAGCUGUCAGCUCUGCUACAUGUGCACCGGGGUAGCCGGGCCAGUAGCCGCAAGUCCUCCAGGGCCAGCGACGCCAGCGACCUCAGCGAACUCGGCACCGCUUCGGCGUGGUUAUUCCCGAAUCUUCCUCUGCUGUUGCUCUCCGGCGCCACCGGAACCCACGAGGACCUGCCACCCCCGGCACUGACCGUGUCCCGUCCCUCACCAACCGCUGAUCAACCCUCCGCAACCUCCAGCUCUGGCUCGGAUUCUCAUAUUACUAUCAGAUCGUUGGGUCCCACGCUGGGCCGGCAGGACGCAGUGGAGAAGUAUCCGGAGGACGACGUACUCAGUCCACCAACUUCGAAGCGCAGCUCCCUGCGGCCGAGCGGUACUACUCUCUCGUUGAAUACGCUGCAACGGGAUAUCAAGGAAGCGUUUAACCGACGAUGUAGUAGUCUGAGGCGACGGACACCACCGCCAGAACCAGUGCAACUACCAGUCGAGAGUAGUGACGUGAGUAUCCUGGUGACGGAACCCAGUCCGGAGAACACGGCACCGCCCUCGAGGCCACCGCUGAUUAGGCAGCAGUCGGAGGCAACGGUGGUGCACGUUCUAGUGCACAGGGAAAGCGAGGAAUAUCAAGACACAUCAGAUGAUAGCUGA